ACGUGACGCCGACGCAGCAAACGCACAGCAGGCACGCCCGAGCGAGCAGUGCAUCAGUCAAGUUUCAACGAUGGCGGCGAAAGGAAGUGCAAAAUCCCCAAAAUCUAGUGCAUCAGCAGCAGCGGGUGAAAAACUGACGGACAAACCGCGCAAGUCCGUCUCCAGCAAGGACGAUCGGAAGAAGGCCAAACGAUCCGGCGGGGGCCGCCGCAGGAAGCAAUCCUACAACACGCACAUUUACCGAGUGCUUCGGUCGAUUCAUCCGGAGUCCGGAAUUUCCUCGAGGGCCAUGAGCAUUAUGAACAGCUUCAUGGGGGACAUUUUCGAGCGAAUUGCCACCGAAGCGUCCCGUUUGACCAAAAUCAACCGGAAGAUGACGAUGCAAUCGCGCGAAAUCCAAACCGCCGUGCGCUUGCUGCUGCCGGGUGAGCUUGCGAAACAUGCCGUCUCGGAAGGCACCAAAGCGGUUACGAUGUACACGAGCACACUGAAGUAGGAGGGGCGAGAUCCGGAGAGCGUACGCUGGAGCCCAGGAAGGAUCCUUUUCAGGGCCCUGAGAUGAUUUUUUUAGAGUUGUAAAGAACGAUCAUUGUACGGAUUUGUUUUGAAUAAAUACGAGUGUCAGUGAUUGAAUUCCUACAA